UGGAAUAUGUGCAUCACUUGAAAAUCAAUACGCAUUCCCUUCAAUUCGUAGUGCUUUGUUACAAAUUGAGUUAAAUGCAGAAUCCUUUGAAAAAAAACGUGCCCAUUUUUUACCGUGUACCUAUAUGUGUUGCAGUUCUUGGCUACAAAAUUGCAUUUGGAUCGAAGAAAAAAAUAUGGAGAGUUGGGAUUUCCUGCGACAACAAUAAAUUAGUGGUUCGAACAAAAACUUAUUUCACAACAGGAUGUGAUAAUAAUGGCACUUAUGCACAAUGAUACAGGAUAAUCGAACGCUCGUACUUGCGAAUGAGCUAGAAGCUGUAUACUUUGCAUAUGGAAUACAGUACUGAAAAGGUGUAUCCAAAACUCCACGACUCAGCAGAAACCGUUGAACCUUAUGACAGCAACAACACUAAAAAGAUAAUCGCAAUCUUGAAAUCAUUUUUUUUAAGCUAACGUCCCUGAUUUAAGAAUACCUCGUUUAUCUGACAUCGUUGUUAUCAAUGAAAAGUUACUUAUCAAUUACGAGCCAGUUACGGAUGGAUGGUUUGCCAGCGAUGCUUUUUAUACAGACAGAGGCAGAGACGGCUAUCAGUCACGGUAGACCCUCUGAGGUAGCAGGUUGUAGUUGUGUGGCAGUUCAAUGUUCUCGACAAAAGCUCAGUCAGCACAUUUGUUCAUUACGGCACGACUGCAGUGGUUCUGUUUACUAUUUGCCGGACGAUAAAAAAGCCAGCCAAGUAAUGGUUAAUCAGAAUGGCCUUUUUCACCAACAGCAACCGCAUGAGCGCAACGUUGAAGAUUACGGGGAGCGUCUACCCAAUCUCAGUAGUUGGAUUCGAGAACGAUUCUGUAAUAUCUGCAGUCUGGCAACGGUUCGUAGACGGAUCCACGUACUACAAUGGCUACCCAGGUAUCAGCUAAAUCACCUGCCAUCGGAUAUAAUUGCGGGCGUUACAGUUACCUUAACGGCUAUACCUCAAAGUAUUGCAUACGGUAUUCUUGCAAAUCUACAGCCUCAAGAUGGAAUAUACUCUAAUCUUGUUGGCUGCCUAAUAUACUUUUUGUUUGGGAGCGUGAAAGAUGUAACCAUAGCUCCAACGUCGAUUAUGGCCAUUAUGAUUCAGGGUGUGGUACUGCAGCUGGGUUACGGUGCAGCCUUGCUAACACUUCUAGCCGGGGCAAUAACGUUUUUGUUUGGCGUUCUGAAUCUAGGCAUUCUGGUGAGGUUUAUUUCGAUGCCCGUCAUCACCGGCUUUACCACAGCAGCUUGUUUGACCAUUGGAAGCUCGCAGCUGAGAUCCUUGUUUGGCAUCAGUAGUCCAGGAAAAAGUAGCGAUUUUAUGGAUGCCUGGGAGAAUGUAAUCAUAAAUAUAGGUGAAACCAGGCUUUGGGAUACGGUGCUUGGGUUUAGUUCGAUUGGAUUUCUAGUUAUUUUUAGACUAACAAAAAAAUGCGGUCAAGGCAGUAUUCGAAUAAUCUUCAAAUACCUGUCGUUACUUCGCAACGCUUUGAUAGUAGUUAUAGGUGCAACUCUAGCAUACGUAUUUUUUGUCAAUGGUGUGCAGCCUUUUAAGCUCACUGGUCACGUCAAUUCUGGUGUCCCUCCGUUUCACCUGCCACCCUUCUCAAUUACAAACAACGGCACAUUCUAUUCAUUUUCGGACAUGAUUUCAACCAUGGGAACGUCCAUUAUUGCAAUUCCGUUAGUUUCAACGUUGGAGAUUAUUUCAAUUGGAAAGGCGUUUUCAAAGAACAAAAUCGUUGAUGCAACACAGGAAAUGAUUGCCUUAGGCGUUUGCAAUAUGGCAGUAUCGUUUGUAUCGCCUCUUCCAGUGGCAGGAUCGUUCACGCGAACCGCAAUCAACAACAGCAGUGGGGUGAAAACCUCUCUCGGAUGUGCUAUAACGUCCAUUCUCCUGCUGGCGUCACUGGCUUUGCUAGCUGAUGCAUUUUACUAUAUUCCUAAGGCAACCCUCGCUUCGGUGAUAAUUUCCGCCAUGAUAUUUAUGGUAGAUUAUCGAGGGAUUGGUGAGAUUUGGCGCGUUAAAAAACUGGACAUGAUACCGCUGAUAGGAACCAUACUUGCGAGCAUUUUUCUUGGCUUGGACUACGGAAUAUUGGUGGGAAUUGCGAUUAAUUGCUGCUUUUUGCUGUAUCUGAUGGCGGCACCAAAAAUUUCCAUGGAGGUGAUAAUGGUUGAGGAAGUUAGUGUGCUCGUGGUGAAACCGAUGCAGGAUUUGGCAUUCUCAUCUGCCGAAUAUCUACGGGAACGGAUCGUUCGAGCUGUAAUGGAAUCCUACGAAGCACCAGUGGAACUACUAGUGAUGGACGGCACCGGAGUAAACUUUGUUGACACGACAGUCACGAAAAAUCUAGCCAGUGUCGAGCAGGAUAUGCACGCAAGAGAUUUGGGUUUCUCCUUGUGGAAUUGGAGCCAAAGUACCGCUGGUGCACUAGUCAGAUUGGAUCGACGUUUUUUAACAGCGUUGACGAAUGAACCGGAGUUAGCCGCGGUGGUACGAUUCUGGAAAGAAAACCACAUGAAAGAAGCAUAAACAUGCUUAAGGAAACUUGAUUGUUAUGUAACGAAUUUGCAAAUGAUGUUCAGCAAAGCAACUGAGGGGUACUAAGGUAUUAUUAUUGUUCUCCCCUAUUUUUAUUUUACAAUAGUGUUAAUCCGGUGUAAUUAGAAUCGCAUUCAAACAGCGAUUUGAUGACCUUCCACACUAUUAGUUUUUUAUUAGGUUCAAAAUAGCUGAGUAUUGUAUGUCAUGUAGGAUAUUAUUUUAAGCCCUAGUUCGUGCCGAAAACUAAAUCCAUUAUUUAAUUUGGGAGUGUUAGCAGGAACAAAUUAAACCGAAGCGAGGCAUGGGGUAGCCUACUAGCAGUGGUGGGCACCGCUAACCGGAAAAUUUAGCUCGAUAAUCGCUGAACGCUUAUGAACUUUUUAAUAUGUAAAUAGUCAUAUCGCUAUAUUUAUUGCUCGUGUUUUGUAAGAUUUGGACCACUUUGAUCUGUUUUGGCUAAACAAACGAAAACAAUAACUUACAAGAAUAACAAAAGUUAUUUAGCUUGCAUUGGGAAUAGAUACUCUUAGGAAUGUUUUCAUAAAAAUUCAAUUAUUAUCUGAAUCGAAAAAGUAGAACAAAAGUUGUCAUAAUUUCAAGCGCAUUGCAAUUUACCAAAGUUCUUGGUGUGGCGAAAAUUCAAUCUAGACCUUGUGCUUGUUCUUCAAAAUGCUCCUGUGGCUUGUACGAUAACUGGAACUCCAUUCUAGGGUAAAAAAACUGACAAAAGUAACUUUCGCAGUAAAGUAUGUUCAUCUUUCGAAGCAAUUUACGUACGCCAUCAGCAAUUCACAGUUUUUCUAAAUAUUUCUAUUGUCGCUUCUCUACAAAAUUUAGCGAAUUAGCGAUUAGCGUUUCGAAGGCCAAAAUUUUAGCGACGCUAACAGUUUCGCUAACCAGCUCAAAAUUUAGCGAAAUCGCUAAAUCGCUAACUGAAUUUUAGCGUCGCUAAUUAGCGAAUUAGCGGAAUGGUGCCCACCACUGCCUACUUAUCAUUCAUCAAAGGGCGCCUAAAAUUCGCAUAUGAAUGAGAUGUUGAAGUCAUUUCCUUGAAUAUCUAACCAAGAAAGACUGGUUUUCUGACCCGAAAGGGUAGGCUCGUGUUGGAUAGCACAAUCUCACCCCAGCGCUUAUGAAAUGCAUUUUUGAGCAAGCAUUCACAGGUAGCUUCGUAGCUGCAAGGUUGAGUAUGGGUUUGGUUUAUUCUUCAGGAUCUUCCCACAAACCCCCUCCACACAGUUUCCAGGGAAUAAGAACCGGGAAUACUUGGCAGGAGUAGGAACGAGGCUCGAUAUAUUAGAGCAGUAAGCGUAUAAGGAAAAGCAAGCACUUACACACAAGCACGGUAAAUAAUGAAGCAUGUCUUUUUUGACUAGGGAUGAUACGGAUAUCUGCACCCGCAUCCGUAAAUGCCUUACAUCCGCAUGAAAAUUGACACCUGAAUCCACAUCCAGGAUACACAUAUCCGCAUCCGCAUCUGCAGAUCUAAAAAUCACAUCCGCAACAUCCCUAAUUUAGACUCAUCAGUGAUAUUGCUAUAAACAGCACCCGGGUAUUCUUACAAAAAAUCAAUGUUUCGCAAAGUGUGGAAAAAAUCAACAUUCAUGCUUUGGUGGAAAUAAAUACAUCAAUAAUGCAUUUUGGCUGCGAUAGCAUUGAAAAUAUU